AUGGCUGUACUCCGCGAACAAAGACGAGUAGAUUGUGGUAAUAACGAAUAUUGUACUGAAAACAUGAGAGGCAAGCACGCUUUAACACAACUUUGGAAUUGUUCAUUGGCUGUAAAUGAAUACGUCGUACAAACGUUGGUACUUAUUCAAUCAUAUACACUAUUUUGUCAUUGUCAUCAAAUAUCAUCUUGUUCUCCAUUCAACUCGUCGACUACCAUUCCCAGAUACUUUGCGAUUCGUACACGCCGUUAUGGUACAGAAAGUGGCGGCUCGUUCUUCAAGACAUUUCUUAAGCUAUUUUAUACACAUAUGUUCAAUUUUACACCACCUAUUGCUUAUCUCAGAGGUUUCAUUCUCUAUGUCGUUGCUGUGGUAUUUCAACAGUAA